CCUUAUCGUCUCCAUAUUGACUAUUUAAAGUACUGAUUAAUCAAGCGGGAUACCAACGUAAUGCAUGAUCCAAAGAAUCAUUUUAGAGUAUUAUUUGUGAUAAAACAAUACCGAGAAUAUAUUUCCUUUAAGUGUUUUAUUUCAAGACUUGAAAAGCACUCGUACUUGGCCCGCUAGGAUUUUUUCCUGGAAGGAAUUUAAACAUAUGCUACACCACAUUUCGGUGUCCUCCAGAAUAGAUAAGCGGCAUGUGUCACGUUCCGGUAUUAAGAAAGUAGUGUAAUUGUUUGUUAAAUACUUAAAUAUUGUUGCGAUUUUUCAAGAAGUGAUAUCUCAGGAUUUAAUCUGAAGGGUUAGUAUGUGAAAGACAAGCUACUGUUUUUAUGUGUGGUUCUGGAACAGUGUCGCAACUCAUGGUAGAGAUCGACUGUGUUGUAAUGAAUUAAGUUUUCGCCGUAUAAUCGCGUGCCUAAAGACCAGUGACCUUGUGAUAAAAACAUAUGUGCAUUUUGAGCUGCUAUUUCCAGAGAUUGGUACAAUUUAAUGACUGCAAAGGUAUUAUGCCUGCCAAAAUUGGAGAUCCAGUGAGUGCCUCACUACGCCAAUCGCUGAGUGCUAGUGAAAAUUCUGGAGAUCUAGACAAACGCCUGGUACUGUCAUCAAGUCAGGUUCUUAAUAUUAGUGUAGAAUAUGAAGAAACAGAAAGUUACAAUGCAUCUGUGCUUGACAAUUUAAAGCAUAAAUACGUGAGAAUAGAUACUGAUAAACCUAUUGUGAAUGGAGGUGUACCAACUCAGCGGUCAAUAGAGAACCAAGCCAAUAGGGAAAUGAGACCAGAGCCAGAUUCAGUAUUACCCACUCCUAAAGUAAUACUGUUUCCUGCUGAAAGAGUGCAAAUAGGAUGGCGAGGAAACUUCCCUGUGGGUGCUGGAAUGAUCAAUGUUGGAAAUACGUGUUAUUUAAAUUCUACCCUUCAGGCUCUUUUUCACAUCCCAGCUUUAGUGAACUGGCUCCAGAGUGACUCUGAUCAUUUGAACAAAUGUUUUGUUGCAAAUGGAAGUAUGCAAGGAGAGUGUAUAAAUUGUGCAAUGAGCAAAACAUUAAAGGCUUCGCAGAACAAGUCUGGGAAUGUUAUAAAGCCAUAUUUGAUAUAUAACAAACUUAAAAUGAUCUGCAAACAUAUGGUGCAUGGUCAACAGGAAGAUGCCCAUGAAUUUAUGCGUUAUCUUAUUGAAAGCAUGGAAGAGACUUACCUUGUGAGGUUCAAGGGAGAAAAAUUAGAUAAUUAUAGUAAGGAAACCACUCCUUUGAAUCAAAUAUUUGGAGGAUAUAUGAGAACAGAAGUUAAUUGUUUGCAGUGUAGAGGAGUUUCGACUACAUUCCAGCAUUUCCAAGAUUUACUUCUUGAUAUUAGGCGUGCAAGCACAUUGGAUGAUGCGUUAGCCUCUUACUUUCAGAGAGAACGAUUAGAUGGUGAUGAUGCUUAUCGUUGUGAAAGAUGUCACAAGAAAGUAUCUGCUACAAAAAAAUUUUCCAUUGAGAAACCACCUUUUGUAUUAUGUAUUCAAUUAAAAAGAUUUAGUAUGGUGGGAGGUAAAAUCAAUAAACAUGUGUCCUUCACGCAGCGGUUGGAUAUGACCAGAUUCCUUUGUCCACAGUCAGCAUAUAGAGGGUCUCAACCUUUAACUUACCGGCUUGUUUCCAUGGUUACCCAUAUGGGAACAUCUGUGCAUUGUGGACAUUACACUGCUAUUGCACAAACAUCAACUGGACAUUUUUAUCAAUUUGAUGAUAGUGCGGUGCGGCCCAUUUCCCUAAAUGCUGCUUUGGAAACAAAUGCUUAUAUUAUCAUUUAUGAGUUGGAAAGGAUUGAUGCUCGUCAGACUCAAAAUCAUUCUUCAUCUUCGAAACCUGCAACAGUUACAUCGGGAACUUCAACUCCGAUUCUUGCAUGUAAUGGUCAAAAAUCUAAUAAUAAUAGUGGAACCUUUAAUUGCCCAUUACUACCAUCAAAUCAUAAACCUGGUCCUUCUAUCAUUCCAUCACCACCAAAUAUGAAGAUAAAUUCAGGAGCGAACACAGUGACAAGUAAAAUCAGUCCAGGAAUCAUUCCAGCUGUUCAUAAACCCUCUGUAGGGUGUCAUCUACCUCCAGCAAAGGAGAGGGACCGCAUCACAUUUGGGCUUCAUCCAAGACUUGUCAUGCGCAUAAAGAACGGUACUGUUUGUCAGCCAUCCACCCAAGAGAACAAGCCGAGCUCAAGUUUAGUCCCGUAUGAUUCUGAGGAUUCAAGUGAAAGUGAAACUGAGAAAAAUGAGAAGAAACCUGACAUGCCAAGUCUUGAACCUAGUCCAGAAAGAAAAGUGCCCACGCCCAACAAACAAAAUUUGCCCCUUGUGAAACAGUCUGAGCUUUUUCCUGUCAGAAGCAAAAGCCCUUCAGCUGGUUCGCCCUUUCUGCAUAAAAGUGGAGAACUUUCCUCUUCCAAUAAGCCUCUCAGCAGCCAUGAAAUGCAUCCAAAGACUUCUCCGUCUAGAACCGCUGAUUCCAGCCAAGUGCAGAAAGCAGUGAAACCACCCAGCAGUACUUCUGAUAGUUCUCCUGCCACUUGCAAUAAAGACACUAGCCAGAGCUCACCAGUACCUUUAAAAAGUUGUUCUGAAAAUUCUAAGAAUAAGAAACCAGAGGGAAGUAGUGGGGGAAGUUGCAAGAAAUUAAUAGAUAUCGAGUCUCUUAAUUGUGUUAGUACCAGUGUAGAUGAAGGGGAUGUUGAAAUCAUUCAGACCUUGCAAGUCAAUACAAAACUGCCAGGUAAUGGAAAUGGGAAGGCUGCCUCAGGGGGUUGGCAAGUUACGGACAUGGCCUUGCAUAGCCCAUCGUGUCAUAGUGAGAGCAGUAGCACAAGUGUGGCUAGUUCAACUACCCCUUGGUCAGUUUCGGAUGUUAAAAGGUCACCAAAGAAAACUCCUAGGACUACAUCAGACUCAGUUGAUAACUCAAAUUCUUCACAAUCUGUGACCAAACAGAGUGCAUCCCUGUGUAAUUAUACUAGUGACAACGAAGGUGGACAAUUUCAUAGAAGUCAUUCAUCAUCUCGUGCAAACAGUGUAGAGAGUCUAACUAAUCCAACAUCAAGACCUCAGUGGGAGGUCAGUCCCUCAAUUCCUGGUGUGCAUCAUAGCAGGUGUCCCGAUAAAGAGGAAAACAUCCCAGUGAUUGUAAGACACGGAAAUUCCAAUUGUAGCCCUGAGAAAUCUUCCAAAGAUCGGAAGAAAAUUGUAGAAUGCAAAUAUGAACCUUACCACAAUGGAAAUCACAAAUCUCCUAAAUGUGGAGAAGAAAGUGAUGAAUAUGAAUGGGUGGAAAAAACUCGUGAGACUAUAAAUGUCAAUCGAAGCAAUGGCCAAAUCAAUGGGUGGGGCCAUUCAAGUCGAUCGGAAGUUUCCUGUUAUUUGAUGAAGCAGUCACAUCAAGGAUAUGGUCCAUCAGUGAGUAGCUGGAAUGGUGGACGUUCUCAUAUAGAUCGAGAAGUGGAAAAUGAUCGCCACGAUGAACGAAAGCGUUCUCAUAGCAAAUACGAUGAAGAGCUUGACAUGGGGCGAGUUAAUAGAAGUACUGCUGUUGCCAAAGAUGUUGGCAAGCAG